UAGCCAAUAACCGUGUUAUCAACAACAACGAAUGCUCGACAUUAUAUCAGUAAUAUUCAAUGUUAUUUAAAAAGGUGAAUGUCUAACAGGCUAAAUCCACAAGCGAACUUUACUUUGCACUGUACAUUAGCUGAUAUAAACACGGGCUAGCCAAAUACCGGGUAGGGUUGUUUGGCUGCUCACACUAGCUAGCAUGUAGCAUAUACGCUAACAUUUAGAUGACUUAUUUUCGAAAAAGCAGGAAACGAAAGAUUGGACAUCAGCAGCUGUUCUUGAAACAACAUGAUGGAGUCGUCCACUAAAGGAAAAGCCAAGCGAAGGCACCUUAACUCAGAGGAGUGUCGUGAAAUUAGUAGGAGACCGGAGGGCAGCCAACCCCUCACACAGCCCCACUCCGUCACUCGUAGGCACAGCAACUCAGACCCCAACCGGGGUUUGUACCCCAGAACACCCACAAAGAGAAAGAGAGAUGCACGUGAUGACAAGAAGCAGCAAGGGAUCACUAAGUUUUUCCCUGUGAUCAGUGUGGUCAAGGUGUUAAGUCCUCAGAAAGCAGCCCUGUCCCAGGGCUCAGGUUCCAUAAAGACAGAGGGACUCAAUGGAGAGCUCAUCCCCAAAAAUGAGACUAUUGAGGAGAAGGCACUAGCCACCUCUAUGAAGGAGGAACCUGAGGAUGAGAAGGUGGACUAUCUGGAGGGGCUGACAACAGACAUGUUUGGGGACGACAAGGAGUUUGAACGCUGUUCAGAUCCAGACCCAGCCUUAAUGAAUCAUCAUGAGGAGGAGGAGGUGGAGGCCCUGCCUGAUGCCCUCUACGGCCUCUUGGGAAGCAGCAGGGGCCUGGCCCAUCCCCAGGGUCACGUGGACGACCUCCCAGAGGAGGUGCUGAUGCUGGUGUUGAGCCUCCUGCCUGCUGAGGACCUCUACUGUAACGUCAGCCUGGUCUGCCAACGCUGGAGGAACAUUGUGACCCAGUCACUGUUUGUGCCCUGGAAGAAGCUGUAUUACCGCUACUCGAAGAAGGAGAUCGACGCCGUGAAGGAGAUCAACGCCAUCCUGGAAACCCAUAGAAUCAUAAAGGACGACCAGGAGAGCAUCCUCCAUAUAGUCGAGUUCAUGGCCCAGUAUAAGCCCAGUCAGAAGGUGAAGCCUGAGUCAGUGUUACAGAGUGUGAGGACACAUUGUCUGUUCCCUCAGGCUGAGGCCUGCAUUAAACACCGACUCCCCAAAUUGGAGGGUAUCGAGGGGGGCCCUAACCCGUGGGCAGCCAUGGCCCUGAUGCUGGUGCUGUGUGACGGUGUGGGAGAUGUUCUGGACCUGGUGGUCUGUCUCAGAGGCUGUCUCCCUUCAGCCAGCGCCAUCACGGAGUACCUCAGCGCCAUGGCAACCAUGCUGCUCGCCAUGAGGAGGAACGACAUCAACAUCAGCAACAGGUGGCACUACAACAUCUUCUAUGUCCUUCACCUGAUGGAGAAUGCCUUGCCCACAGCAAUAACCAAUCAGAGUGGGAGAGCCCAGGUUCAGGUGACCCACGAACAGCAGCAGAUCCUCAACCACGACAUCCAUAGAGACCACGUGGUCAAGAUCAUGGCCUUCGCAGGCACAGGGAAGACCACCACCUUGAUUCGGUACGCCCAGCAGAGGCCACACCACCACUUCCUCUACAUGGCCUUCAACAAGUCUGUGGCUUCCCAGGCCCAGCGCUGUUUCCCCAGCAACGUGGACUGCAGGACGGUCCACUCCAUGGCCUUUGGGGCCGUCGGAAAGAGGUACCAGGAGCUAAAGAAGUUGUCUAGUAACGUGAAGCCCUUCUCUGUGGCCUGGGUGCUGCCUAAGGGCAGCGGGGGCUUUGUCAACGCCAAGGUGGUCACCCUGACCCUCAAUGCCUACAUGGCCUCGGCCGACACACACAUCACCCCCAACCACGUCCCAAACACGUACAAAAACACACAUGGCAAAAUGACCGUGCCUGACUGCAAUGCAAAAAGGAUGUUUGCGAGGGAUGCCCAGAGGAUCUGGGACAAAAUGGUUGCCUUAGAAGAGACCAGGGAGUACGCACACCACAUGACCCACGAUGGGUAUCUGAAGCUGUGGCAGCUGCAGAGGCCAACUCUGGACAAGUAUGAUGUCAUCUUUAUAGACGAGGCACAGGACUGUACUCCAGCCAUCAUGGACAUCAUGCUACCUCAGCACUGUGGGAAGAUCCUGGUGGGAGACCCUCAUCAGCAGAUAUAUACCUUCAGAGGAGCAGUCAAUGCCCUGAACCUGGUGGAACACACACACCUCUACUACCUCACCCAGAGCUUUCGGUUUGGUUCGGAGAUUGCCUACAUUGGAGCCACGAUUCUCCAAGUGUGUAAGAAAGUGAAGAAGAUUCUGGUUGGAGGAAAACAAGACGGCUGUGUGUGGGGUAAGGCUGUGGACUCACUGCGUCCCCUGACUACAGGUUUGAGUCCUGGCCGGGGUAAGUUAGCAGUGCUGUCUCGCUCUAACGUCUCCGUGUUCGACCAAGCAGUCAGACUCACCGAUGCCAACCCCCGCUGUAGGCUGCACAUCGUAGGGGGGGUGGAGAAUUUUGGCCUGAAAAGAAUCAUGGACAUUUGGGUUCUGAUGCAGCCAGAAAACAACCGCUCUCGAGGCAUCAAGGACAGCUUCAUCCGUAAGUUCACCCAGCAGAGUCUGGGGGGCUACUUUGGACUGAAGAGUUACGCUAAAAAAACAGAGGACCGUGAGUUGGAGGGCAAACUCUCCAUGGUGGAGAAAUACAACAGCCGCAUCCCUGAGCUGGUGGAACGUCUCUACGGCUGCACAGAGAGAGAGGCCCAACACGCAGAUUUUAUCCUGGGGACAGUCCAUAAGUCAAAGGGUCUGGGGUUUGACACGGUGGUGAUCACUGAUGACUUUGCUAAGGUCCCCUGUGCCGCCCACAACUUACCUAGACUUUCCAGCUGCUCAGGAGGUGACGUCCCAGACGAUGAGUGGAACCUGCUGUAUGUGGCGGUGACUCGGGCCAAGAGCUCUCUGGUCAUCACCAAGAACAUCACCAACAUCCUCACACUGGCUGGGGAGUACUUCCUGAGGACAGAGUUGACCAGCGCCCUGCUGACCGAGGGACAGCCCCCAUGCUGCUCCGUGCGGGAGUGUCAUAACCACAUCAUGCCCGUCUGGCCCCUCGCCAUGUGCAAGCUGCCACUCUAAUACGUAAGGCCCCACUUCCUCCUCCCUACCACCAUACCACAUUCUGAUUUGCAAUGUCUCUCAACCAGACCUGAUAGUUUCAGACAGGUGUGGGUGCAGGAGUUCUAAAAGAAUGUCCCACAUUCCACCAACAGCUAACCAGUCAGACCUGUGAGCCAACUGUAAUAGCUAGUCAGUCGGUCAGAGUGCACAAAGAAGCAGAUGUUUUAUCAGCUUGAGUACUUUGAGGUUAACAACAUAAGCAUCAUCAUAAGUCAUGUCCAUUGUUUCCAUAAAGACACAGUUGCCAGUACUCUAAUGGCAACGGUAAAAAAAGUAUUUGUGGUUAGUUUGGAAUGCAAUUUAAAGUGUAUUAGUGUUUGGAUGGAAUAAGAUGACUUCACACCCGCCAACAAACUGCCAUAUAAGGAAUAGGGUGCCUUUUGGGAUGAGGCAGGUGGCCGUGUUUCGAGAGGAUCAAAACCGCAAUGUGUCAUGGGUAAAUUGACUGAGUAACAGAUCUAUACAUAAUAAUGAUUUGUUAUUUAUGAUGCAAGGGGAUUUGUAGAUCAGUCGCCUGCAGACGUUUUGAUGCUCUCGAACACAGUCUGUCUCUCCAUGCACAGCUGCAUCCUUACAGACACUCACAACUGUGUUUUAAAGAGUUGGAGAGAAGGUGUUUACCAAGAACAGCUGUUUGGUCGUGUCUUUUGUUUACAUUUGGUCCUGGGAAAAAGUAUACCGUCUCUGCCUCAAAUCCAGAUUCUAUGAAUUUAGGAAUGUCCUGGAUAUGGGAGGGUUUUU